UCAGCCCGUUAGGGGCGUGGAAGUCGGUCCGAGCCAUGUGAUCUUUUCCGCCACACUUCCUUUGUUCCCAAUGGAUCAAGCAUCUUCAGCUCCGUACCAAUUGGUUUUUUGCAUGGGCGGGGCAUAUCGUACGUUUCCUCCAAUAGCGACGCAGAAGGGAGGAGCAAGAUGGCGGCACGGGCUGUGCUUGCUUGCUUUAGGAGCCUGAGGUCUUGCGGGCAGAGCAGGUACCAUUCUCUUGCUCCCUGGCAACGGAUAAGGACCCCAACCUAUGGCUCACAGAACAGUGCCUGUGCACCAAGGGUAGGAGUGCAGUGGGUCACAUCCUCUGCCUCUGGAGAAACCCAACAUGAUUCUAAUGAGGGACAGAUCCACCUCAGUGAGAGCUGUGUAAAGAGGCUGUUGGAGAUUGCAGAAGGGUCUGAAUUCCUCAGGCUGCAGGUGGAAGGAGGUGGCUGUUCUGGUUUCCAGUACAAGUUUUCCUUGGAUACAGUUGUCAAAUCUGAUGACAGGGUUUUUGAACAAGGUGGCGCUCGAGUGGUUGUUGACGUGGACAGCCUAAGCUUUGUGAAAGGAGCAAUGGUGGACUUCAACAAGGAGCUAAUUCGCAGCUCAUUCCAGGUGGUGAGCAAUCCCCAGGCAGAACAAGGCUGCUCCUGCGGAUCGUCCUUCUCAGUUAAACUCUGAUCAAAAUUUUGAUGCGGACUCUGGUGGAUGCUGAGUCACGGGUCCCUUUUCAGCGGCUGCUUUUCCUGGUGGUUUUCAGCUUUCUGCAGCAGCUGGGGUAGUACAAUUCAGGCAGACCUCCGGAACUCAUGAUUGUGUUGGUUUGAAUGGCAUCUCAGACAGGAACCAGUCUCUCACAAGACUCGGCGUGAAGAGGGCUUCUCUCCUUUGUUCUUCCUAUAUACCUUCCCAACAGGACCCUGAUGGCGACUUAUAUAGCAUUUGAAACGGAGUCAGUCACGUUGGGAGAUAUUUAUACAUAGUUGUGUGAUUGAAUGUAUUUAAUUUUAAAAGAGAAUUUCCAGUACAAUAUAACUUCCAUGUAGGUUAGUAGUUCUUUUCCUAUGUUCGUUUGUGUCCAGAUGAAUGCGUGGAAGGAAUGGUUUGAGCUUAUUGGCUCUGCCCCUGCCCUCAGUAUGUUCCAAGAUAGGUUUGCACAGGGCCGAAGGAGUGGGGUGGCCUUUCCAUGAGGCAGGGUGAGGUGGUUGCCUCAGGUGCAAGGAGGGAUACAGGGCAGCAAGUGCUGGGUUCCUGCCACCCCAUCAUCGUGCCACCACCCUUCCUCCUCCUGUUGUGGUGCACUAUUUAUUAAUGGAGGGGUGUCAAGUUGUCUUUGUCUCAGGCACCAACAUGUCUUGGACCACCACUGCCAAUUAUGUAACAGCCAAACUCAAGCAGCAAGAUCUGGAACCCUAGAAAACAGAGGGAUUGUGUGUACAGAAACUCCUCUAUGCAUUAUGAUGUAUGUACAUAGGAGGCAAAUUGUGUUUGGUUGUUGAGGUUUUUUUAAAUGCAUGGGCAGUGGGCAUGACCCCAAUCAGUCCACUCUCCACAUUUCUUCGUACCCAACUGAACCUAUGAAAAAAGCUUGGUCUUUAUAUAAUACAGGCAGAAAUGCUCCAAGAACUGUAUGUAAAGUUCUUGAAUAGCUGCCUUCUCUUCUACCAUUUUCUGUUUCUGGGACUCUUUCUACUUCCCCCCAGAAAUAUGGAUUUUUCAGCACUAGAUCCGUCCCCUUUCUGUACAGGUGGCUAUCAUUAUUCAUGGGGAUCCUGUUCUCACCUAUAGGCAAGAAUAUGGAAACGGUGAAUAAUGAAAUCUUGAGUCAGUGUGAAGGAAGGGGGCAAAAAAGUAAGCGGGGAAGAAAUAAGAGAGGAAAGGGACAGUACCUUAUUCUCCAAGUCUCCAGCAAUGCCCCCCGAAAACAGUCAAAUAUUACCCUCCAACUUUUUUUGUUUUAAAAAAGAGCCACAAAAUGACUCUCUGCCAGAAAUGACACCAGCAGUCAUUUCUGGCCACUCAAAACCACGAAUAGGCAAAUUUUGCCUAUUUUUCUACCUGUGGAUAAUAAAACUGGGUCUCUAAGUCACAGUCGGGUAUGUGAAACCACAGGUAGUCUGCAGAUAAUGAGAGCCGCCCAAACUCCCAUCUGCAUACAGAAGGCUGUUGCCUGUCACUAAAACAAAGUGCUAGGACCUUGUGCAGACAAUGCAAAAAGCUUAAAAGUAGGCAUUUGUAUAGAUUUCUAUAGCUGUAGAAAUUAUAAACCUAAAUAAUUUGGGGGAUUGGCCUCCUGUUUAAGUAGUGAUUGUAAAUGUUCUCUAAAGUGGUUUCUUUGGGGUUUGGCAGUGGGUAUGUUUACAGUGCAAAGUGAAGAGAGGCCUUAUUGCUUAGAUUUCAUAACUUAAGGCUUCUGAUCUCAAUUUGCCACCUCUAAUUAUUUGCUUCUUGGUUUCUGUUCAAAGUAACACAGAGAUUUAGGAAAAGGUGGGGGGGAAGAAUUCUUUCUCAGGUGAAGGAGUUCAGCUGUUAUUGUUUGAAAGGGAGGGAAGAAUUCCAUAAUUACAAUGCUAAAUAAUAAUGCUUUGACUCUAAUCUUCCUGCAAAAUCAGUCAGGAUUUUAAAGCUUCAUGUAUUAUUUGGAAUACAUCUGGGAUUUAUAGGGGAGCACUAUAUGCCUCUAGAGAAAACUUUCCUUUGGCCAGAGAGGAAAUCCUGUGUACAACUGGUGGUCUUUUGCAGGGCUUACACAGAGGAGUGUGUAUCUGCAUUCAUCAUAAUCAUUUGUAGUGUGCCUCAGGUUAUACGUUGCUCUUCAUACAGAUAGAUCUCUGUGCUUUUCAGCUGGGUUUUCACCCCAGCACCCUUUGUGGCUUUUUGAGUUAGAGAAUUUGGGAUCAUUGUUUUCUUCCUGUUUUUGGCUUUAAUUUCCGGUAAUGAGCAAAUUAAGCGAUUUAUCCCAUUUUUAUUUGGAAUAACUGAGGUGCAGGAAAUUAAAUGGCUUGCAAAAUAUGUUCCCAAGCAAUAUCAGACAUGUAAAAACAUAAUCAUAAGUUCAGUAUCUUAUCCUCUACUUAAUGUUGCCUUUUGGCCAAUCUGGUACAAAUGAUAUAUGGAUGCAAAUUAUUGUUAUAAAUCCUGUGUUUAAGGAAGAGAGGUGGCAUGGGAUACACUGUAGCCUUUUGUGUUGCCAUUAACAUUUGUGUUUUCUCUCUGGGUAACUUUGCUCACUGUCCUCGGCUAGAUCCUUGCAUUUGGGGAGGAUAAUAAAGAAGACUGUGUCCUUUAGUCUUUGCUAUGGUAAUGAUGAGGCUAUGAGGGCAGAUUGUAUAUAACCAUGUCAGGUAUGUUCCUGCAUAUAUUCUGUCACUAAAUUGAGGCUGAGCACCCUUUUCUUUGUAAAGAGAUAGCAUGCUACCAUGUUAGAAGUGGCAUGUUGCUGUGGAUUUUUGUGUGUUACUGCCACUAUUGCCCUAUGUGGAAAGAGCAGCGAAACAUUAAUUUGAAACUCUAAAACGCAAGGAUGAGCCAAGAGGAAUGAAUCUGAGCCAUUUUGCCUGCCAGUUUAGUCCAAGGAUACUUUCAGCACAGAGGGGGGCUGCCCUUUACCACUGAAAGAGUCUGGAAGAUACGAGGGAGUAGGGUUUUGGUUUCAUAUCCUUGAAUCCUAAAUCUUUCCCCACCCAUGCAAAUACCCUCUUGGUAGAAGUCGGGGAGGGACUCUGUCUCCCUUGAGUAUUGAAAGUAUCCUGGAAAGGAAGUGGGGAAUUUGAGCUUUGAGGACAGACAUGCAUCUGCUCCCAUUGAUAGCAAAGAAGGCCUGUUCCUCCAAUGCUAAAAUAUCUGGGGGGGCAGCAUUCCCUUGAACAGGGAUUCUCAGAUGUUGUUGACUACAACUCCCUUAAUCCUCAGCCAAAGACCAUUACAGCUGGGAAUGCUGGGAGUUGUAGUGAGCAACAUCUGGGAAUCCCUGUUAGAGGGAACACUGCUGGGGGCAAUUGGGCUUCACACAUCUUCAGAUUCCAGUUCUUACUUUUAGAAGUUUUCUUUGGUGAAAGGGGGCUUAAAACUGGUGACACUUUCAUUGGUCGUCAUGUAUCAAAGUCAUCAAAAAAACACUAUGCUUGUAGUGAACUGUAACUCUCCUUUUUUAACCAGAGUAUGCCUAUCGCACACUGUCCAUUUGCACUUCUUAUGGCCUACUUUGCUCUUCAGUUAGCUUUUCAGUUUUAAGGAGGCAGACUCCACUUGGCAAAGCCCUUGAUGCAUCUGUUGAAGUGACUUAAUGAAGGAAUCAAAUGCUGAGAUAAAUGACAUGCCCUCUUUGAGGAAUAAUGGGGAUUUUGGGAGGCCUGUGAGGGAAACCUUGACAGCAUGAGAUAAAUUUGAUCUGACCUGCUACUAUGAUUGUACUGGUUGAAAUGGAUGAUUUCUUUUUCCGGAAGGGAUUAUGGAAAUUAAGUUUCUGAAGUUUGGGGAAAUAGUAAGUUAGACUAUGAACCCAAACUCCAUUUACAUAAUACGACCUCUAGCAGAACACAAAUGUUCAUGAUACUGUCUUUUUUCUCUCACGUUCUCAGCUGCAAGUUUACAAGAAAUCCAUAUCUGCUGCAUUUCUCUCCACUUGAAUUGCUAGAAUUAUAAUAUUACUUCGCUAGAGGGCAUCCUUGCUCUGUGAGAUUCAAAUGGCUGAAGAAAUGGUCUAUAGAAAAUGUUGGCUUGACUUGUACUGUGAUUGGCUCUGAGCCUGAAAAGUAGUAUUAGAAGUGUGCUUUGUUUAGAAAGUCUCUUAUUCAAGGGUAGUUUAGGCAAUUGGUUCAGCUCUUGUAAAACUGAAAAGCUUUGUCUGCUGACUUGCUGCUUAAAAGGGUCAUUCUGGUAGUCCAAAAUGUGCAGAGUAUAGAGCUGAUGCUGCUAAGGUCCCCAAGUAUAAAGAUGCAAAAGAGUGGCCUGGGGAAGUUGUUAGAGCCAUUAACAAAGGAGCACAAAUGGAGUCAAGGAAUAAUCUGAUCACAAAUUAUUUCAGCUCCCCUAAGCUGUCUAAAUGCAUUGGAGAUUUCCUUCUGCUCUAAUGCAUUCAUACCCUUAAAAAACCUGAGAGCCUCCGAUUAAUGAAGUGAAAAGGCCUAAACAGUGUAAUAUUUAAAUUGUGUUGAGAACAUAAACGCUUCCACUGAAAUUAUCAUUCGGAGCUGUUGUGUUUUCAGAAUCUCUGGAAAUCUGGCAUCUGAUAUACUGGACUUUACACAUAGCAUUUUCCUUUCAUGGGUGCAGAUUGGAGUAACUCUUCGUGUUGUGAAAGUUAUGUGUGCCUGUUUCACCAUCUGUAUGAACUCUGGGAACCUGCUUGCGAUUUGAAUAAAACAGACCUGUGCAUGAUCUUAAUGCCUGUGUAUUAAAAACAUUGCAUGUGGUGACCCUGGAUUAUGGACUUUCAAAUUAUGGUGCAAGAAUUAUUUUCAGGUUGGAUUUGUUUUAGGAUUUAUUAUGAUUGGCUUAAAAUACACUGAUGCCUAUUGGUUGAAUAUACUGACCUCUCUAUUCCUCAAAAGGUUUUCCAACUCCCCAACAUCCCCUUUAUUCAAGGAAACCAUGGAUUGUAGCUGCUGCAUUUGUUUUCCACACAGGAGCAAGAAGAAUAAGUUACUUCCAACUGUUCCAUAACCUAACUGGAACCUUUAAGACAAAUUUAUUUUAGCAUAAGCUUUUGUGAACUACAGUCCACUUCACCAGAUGCAAGUGGACUCUAGUCUACAAAGGUUUGUGUUAAAAUAAGUUGAUUAAUUUUUAAAGUCCCCCAAGACGAUUUGUUUUUCCUGCAACAGAAUAACAUGGCUAGCCCUCUGGAAGCAAUGACCUAACUGGUUGCUUGGUCUUAUGAAGCCAAAACUCCUUCACACUUCUGAUCUGCAAAUGAACCUGUCUGUGAAAUUCAAAUAUAAAGCUAAUAUACUGAC